GGACUGUGGGAGGAAACCGGAGAACCGCUAAGCCCCGCCCCACACUAGAGGGGAACUGUCCACAUCUGGCCCUUCUGUCUUCUGAUUUUAGGCUGAUUUGAACGGAUUAUCCUGUAGUGUGAGGGAUUAACAGACGCGAUGUUAACGUCAUCGGAGUCUUCCCGAUUUUAUCGUUUGAUAUUGACGACCGAGCAGUGACUGGGGCGAGAGCGGAACCCUGCAAUAACCAAUGAGAGCGAGCUCUCCGGGAAAAGGAUGUUGCGUACUUUUUGUUUAGAAGCGUAAAUUGAUUCCGUCUCCUCAGCCAAUGUCUGUUUACGUUCUGAAGUCACGUUAAAUCACGUGAUUUCAGCGAGAUCCCGGGACUCUCCCUGAAAUGGUUGGAUUGAAAACACCAAGUGUGCGGUCGUGCGUCUGGACUGGAUCAUCCACUCUGUGCUUUUUCAGGAUUAAAAUGUUAAAAGUCAAUCGUCAGGUGUGGGGGGGCAGGCUCUACACUCUGACUCUAUCUUAUAUUACCGCCCCCUCCACCCCUUCAAAAAAUUCGGACUAUCUCUUUAACUCCUUAUCCUGUUCAGCAUCAUGGAGGCAGCUGCUUCUUUGCGCUGAGAUGCAUGCAGUACAGGUGGAGCCACUGUGACAUUUAUGUUCACCCUCCUUUUCUUUUACUUCCCUGUCCACUGGCGUCGUGUGUGUCAUCGUCCAGAAAAAUGUGUCCCGGGUAUCUGGACUCAUCCAGGCCAGGCCUGUGAUGCAUCACCCAGCGUUUCUUCUCCUCAUAGGCUAAAUGAGCAGCUGUGCCAGGAGACUGACACCCACGAUGCGCUCCUUUUGACUUCCAUUAGCGCUGUGAGAUCCAUCUGGUCGCAGGUUCCCCUCGGGGAACAGUGACCUACUGUAGCUAAUUGCUCUUCCUUGUGUGUGUGUGUGUGUGUGUGUGUGCGUGUUUGCUGUUGAGCGUUAUCUUGAAUUUGAAUUGCCACACAAAUGCAAAUAGAGGCCCCCUGUCUGGGAGCGGCCGUUUGAAUGUGUAACUGUGCCUCUGUAUCAGCAACAGGAAAUGCUGCUUCCUCCUGAAAGCGUGGUGUGAUGGACAGUGUGUGUGUGUGUGUGUGUGUGUACAGUUAAAGGAUUAAUCUCCUUUUUUUAAAGACAUUUUUUUUUACAAACAAUUACGCUUUAAAAAACACAUCCUCUCUUGGUCGUCAUGGUGGCCGGUCGCGUCCAGCAGUGGCACGAGUUGUGACUGCUAGGACAAAUCCAAAAUGAGUGAGCUGGAGCAGCUUCGUCAGGAGGCAGAGCAGCUUAGGAACCAGAUAAGAGAUGCCAGGAAAGCAUGUGGAGAUUCAACCCUGACACAGAUAACUGCUGGUCUGGAUCCUGUGGGGCGGAUUCAGAUGCGGACACGACGCACUCUCCGUGGUCACCUCGCCAAAAUCUACGCCAUGCACUGGGGUUCAGAUUCAAAGCUCCUCGUCAGUGCCUCUCAAGAUGGAAAACUCAUCGUCUGGGACAGUUACACCACUAACAAGAUACACGCCAUCCCCCUGCGCUCCUCCUGGGUGAUGACCUGCGCGUACGCCCCCUCUGGGAACUACGUGGCCUGUGGAGGCCUUGACAAUAUCUGCUCCAUCUACUGCUUGAAGACGCGCGACGGCAACGUCAGAAUCAGCAGGGAGUUACCCGGCCACACAGGUUACCUGUCAUGUUGCCGUUUCAUUGAUGACAAUCAAAUCAUCACAAGUUCAGGAGACACCACAUGUGCACUGUGGGACAUCGAGACAUGUCAGCAGACCACGGUUUUCUCGGGCCACACCGGCGACGUCAUGAGUCUGUCCCUGUCGCCCGACCUUCGCACCUUUGUGUCAGGAGCCUGUGACGCGUCGGUCAAGCUGUGGGACAUCAGGGACAGCAUGUGCCGGCAGACUUUCACUGGCCACGAGUCGGACAUCAACGCCAUCUGUUUCUUUCCCAAUGGCAGCGCCUUCGCCACCGGCUCCGACGACGCCACCUGCAGGUUGUUUGACCUGCGUGCAGACCAGGAGCUUGGCCUCUACUGUCAUGACAACAUCAUCUGUGGGAUCACCUCCGUGGCUUUCUCUCGCUCCGGCCGCUUGCUGCUGGCCGGUUAUGACGACUUCAACUGCAACAUAUGGGACGCCAUGAAGGGAGACAGAGCAGGAGUCCUGGCCGGCCACGACAACCGCGUGAGCUGUCUGGGCGUGACGGAUGACGGCAUGGCCGUGUGCACCGGGUCCUGGGACAGCUUCCUUAAGAUCUGGAACUGAGCCAUGCACAGAAACAGCAAACACGGCGUCCAACAGACAUAGACAGACGGACAGACUGACGGACACAGACAGACAGACACCACUGGGACACAGUUUGCACCCUGUAUUCACGAUGUAUGUAAGAUUCAACAGACAAACUGCAACAUUGUACUGUACAUAAUAUGUAUGACUUAGGUAUGAAUACACACACACACACACACACACACACACACACACACACACACACACACACACAAGACCAUAGUACAGGCUAAAAACUGUAACAAGGCAACGCACACACGCACACACACACACACACACGUCGCACCUAAAAACAGGUCACUGGUUUAAUGUUGUAAAAUCUAAAGUGUGACCAAAUACAGUUGAAUCUAUAGCUAAAAAGUGAAAUAACACACAAAUGUUUCUGACCCUGUUCAGACCUGGUAUCAACAUCUGCCCUGAGUGACCCGAUCACCAGUGGACAGCUCUGAGUACAGGUCUGAACGCACCCACUGGUCACAAAAAAACCCCCCACAACACAUCUGGAGGUGGUUUUGGGGACAAAUGUGGCCACAUUCCUGAUCUACAUGAAUGCAAAUCUGUCCCCGGGACACAUUAGAGACCGCCUCCUCCAUCCCAUUCACUGCAGAUUUUCAGUAUUUUUACACUAUUUAAAGCUCACUGACUUUGAUUUAUUUGUAGCCACUGCCGAAAAUCUCGUUUCAUGUUACAGCAGCGCGAGUAGAGCCCGUAAUCCACGCUCUCCACCCUCAGAUCACUCACGGCGGAUGUUAAUACCAGGUCUGGAAGGGCCCACUAUGACACGAAACAUGUCCGACAAACAAAACACAACACACACACACACACACAUUUAACACAUUUUCCUGAGAGACACUGCUCCUCGAGUUAAACGGGAAAAGAAUUGGGACAAUUCUGUCUUUGUUUACAAUGAAGUCAAAAAAAUGCACUUCAGACGAAACUUUCUGUGCUAUUUUUGUCUCUGUACCACAUGUAUCUCAGAAAUGGUGAUGUGAAGGAAAAGUGGUCUUAGAAGAGAAUCACGUGAGUGCAUUGAAGCUGGGGACAUAAAUAAAUAAAUGAAUAAAUAAAUGUGUGACAGACUGGAGGACCCUAUGAUCAACAGUGUUCAAGAAAAACAAACACCUUAUUUUCAUCUGGCUAAAACGCAUCAUGUACUCACUGUUUUUAUAGAAAUGUUCCCCCACAUCCUGUACAUCUGUUCUGAAGGUUUAUUAUUAUUAUGAUUUUUUUUAACACUUGUUUUAUUCAUGUUCUCCCCGUGUGCCUCAGAUACACUUUAAGGAUUAUCAAUAGAGAGUAUCGAUACAGGUAAAUUAACUUAAAAAAAAAAAAGAAAGAAAAAAAAGAUCUGCAAUUCAGACGGUGGGUGGAAAUUAAAACCAUUACAAGACACAAUAAAAAACAAAAAAAACUAAAGCAGGAGCCAUACUUUGACCUUGUCAUCGUAUCUAUCUGGACAUUAUCAUGGUAUAAUUGUACAUAUUAAUAAAUAAGAGCUUCUCCUGCCAGGCA